GUAGCUAUUUCGCCGAUAGGGUGCGCGUCACACGGGUACGUCAGUGUUUUGCAGUUUGGUUUACGUUUGAUCCUAGCAGAAAUCAAUUUGUUUGUAAAAAUGACUGCGCAAGGAUCACCCGCAAAAAUGAAAGAAUUACGUUUACCCAUGUCAAGGGUAAAAACGAUAAUGAAAAGUUCUCCUUACGUUGACACGAUUGGACAGGACGGAUUGUAUUUAGUCACGAAAGCUACGGAACUGUUUAUACACUAUUUAACCGAGGAGGCACAUUUACAAAACAACAAAGGGAAUUCUUUAGACUACAAACAUCUAGCAGAAGUAGUGCAAACCAAUGAUACACUGGAGUUUCUCAGGGAAAUUAUGCCCAGGAAGAUAACGGUCAGGCAGUUCAAGGAAAUGAUGGCUGCCAAGAAUUCGCAGAGCUCAUCUGAGAGCAGCUCAGAUUCAGACAGUGAUAGUGAGUCAGAUACGAAUUCUUGUUCUGAUAGUGAUAAUAGAAAAGCAGAUGGCAAUUCUUCGAAUAGCGAACAAGAAAAUGAAACAAAAGAAAAUGGUAACUGUGAUUCAGGCAGCGACAAAAGUGAAGCCAGUGAAAAAAGUGACAGUGAAGAUGAGACUAAAAGAUAAGGAAACUGAUGUUUAUUUUCAUCUAUACUUUUAUACAUACAGAGGCUCUCUGAUUUUCUAAGAAACAAUAUAACUUUGCAGACAUUUGGUUUUAUGAUAAUGUUUCAAGUGUCUGUUAGUAUUUGAUAUUUAGAUGGAACACAGACAAUAAUUUUAGAUGCUCAAUAUUAUUUUUAUAUGUAUUCAUUAGAAAUUAGUAGAGAACUAAAUAGAACAUUGCCAUUUGUGUUAAAACAUAUUCAUAUUAUUCCAUAUUUAGGUAUAUCAUAAAAUAAUUAUAACCACAUGUACAAAGUAAA